UCUCCGAGCGCUCUGAGCCUGCGUCCAGCGAGGGGGAGGGUUUCCCCGGCCCGGCCGGAGGGGCGGCUGGGCGCUUCUGACUCCCAGCGCAAACGACUGUCAAGGGAGCAGAAGAGCGGAGCUGCCGGAAGUGUCUGCGCGCCGCGAGAGAACUUUCCUGCUCCGGCCGCGGCCCUGAGCCUCCGCGGCCUCCGCGCUCCCGGCGACGAUGCGUCCGGGUGACAACGACCUGAGCGGACCCGCGCCUCGGCCCGCCUCCCGUGUGUGCGCUCGCCUCGCCUCCGGGGAAGAAGCCUGAGCCCGGAGGCGUCCGCGCGCCGCGGAGCCCCGCGCAGGCGGCGCGGCGCGCGGGACCCGUUUCCCCUGCGCGUCCCCUUGCGUCCCGGCUAGUUCCCUGCGAUCGCGCGUCCCUGGAGCCGGCAGCGGUCGCCGGCUGUCCCCGCCCUGACCGCCGGCCCGGACGUGUCCUCGGCGGCCGCUGGCAGUGCCUGUGCCAUGGGGCUGCCGACUCUGGAAUUCAGCGACUCCUACUUGGACAGCCCGGAUUUCAGGGAGCGCCUGCAGUGUCACGAGAUUGAGCUGGAGCGAACCAACAAGUUCAUCAAAGAGCUCAUUAAGGACGGCUCUCUGCUCAUCGGGGCGCUGAGGAAUCUGUCUAUGGCAGUACAGAAAUUUUCCCAGUCACUGCAAGAUUUCCAGUUUGAAUGUAUUGGUGAUGCUGAAACAGAUGAUGAAAUUAGUAUUGCUCAGUCACUAAAAGAAUUUGCAAGACUACUCAUCGCAGUAGAAGAAGAAAGGAGAAGACUGAUUCAAAACGCUAAUGAUGUAUUAAUUGCGCCACUUGAGAAAUUUCGCAAAGAACAAAUAGGUGCAGCAAAAGAUGGAAAGAAGAAAUUUGACAAGGAGAGUGAAAAAUACUAUUCUAUUCUUGACAAGCAUUUAAAUUUGUCUGCAAAGAAAAAGGAGUCUCAUUUGCAGGAGGCAGAUACACAGAUUGACCGAGAGCAUCAAAACUUCUAUGAGGCAUCACUAGAAUAUGUCUUUAAAAUUCAAGAGGUUCAAGAAAAAAAGAAGUUUGAAUUUGUCGAACCGCUUUUGUCAUUCCUUCAGGGUUUAUUUACUUUUUACCACGAGGGAUAUGAACUCGCCCAGGAAUUUGCACCAUAUAAACAACAGCUGCAGUUCAACUUGCAGAAUACAAGGAAUAAUUUUGAAAGUACGCGACAAGAGGUAGAGCGGUUGAUGCAAAGGAUGAAAUCUGCCAGUCAAGAUUACAGACCACCCAGCCAGUGGACCAUGGAAGGCUACCUUUAUGUCCAGGAGAAACGACCACUUGGUUUUACAUGGACUAAACAUUAUUGUACAUAUGAUAAGGGAAGUAAAACAUUUACAAUGAGUGUUUCAGAAAUGAAAUCCAGUGGGAAAAUGAAUGGCCUUGUUACUAGCUCACCAGAAAUGUUUAAAUUAAAAUCUUGUAUCCGACGAAAGACAGAUUCAAUUGAUAAACGAUUCUGCUUUGACAUAGAAGUAGUUGAAAGGCACGGAAUCAUCACAUUGCAAGCCUUUUCAGAAGCUAAUCGGAAACUCUGGCUUGAAGCCAUGGAUGGGAAGGAACCGAUUUAUACUCUGCCUGCGAUUAUUAGCAAGAAAGAAGAAAUGUACUUAAAUGAAGCAGGGUUCAACUUUGUGAGAAAAUGCAUUCAAGCUGUGGAAACGAGAGGCAUCACCAUUUUAGGUCUUUACCGAAUAGGAGGAGUGAACUCCAAAGUUCAGAAACUCAUGAAUACCACAUUUUCUCCCAAAUCCCCUCCUGAUAUGGACAUUGACAUUGAACUGUGGGAUAAUAAGACAAUAACAAGUGGGCUGAAAAACUACCUCAGGUGCCUCGCUGAACCACUGAUGACUUACAAAUUACACAAAGAUUUUAUUGUUGCUGUUAAGUCUGAUGACCAAAACUACCGGGUGGAGGCUGUACAUGCAUUGGUGCACAAAUUGCCAGAGAAAAACAGAGAGAUGCUGGACAUCUUAAUAAAGCACCUGGUCAAAGUGUCGCUACAUAGCCAGCAAAAUCUCAUGACUGUCUCAAACCUUGGUGUCAUAUUUGGUCCGACUCUAAUGAGAGCACAGGAAGAAACUGUGGCUGCCAUGAUGAAUAUUAAAUUUCAGAAUAUUGUGGUUGAAAUUCUGAUAGAGCACUAUGAAAAGAUUUUUCAUACUGCCCCAGACCCAAGCAUCCCUCUUCCUCAGCCUCAGUCUCGAUCUGGAUCCCGAAGGACACGUGCAAUCUGCCUCUCCACAGGCUCCCGGAAGCCCAGAGGGAGGUAUACCCCGUGCUUGGCAGAACCCGAUAGCGACUCCUAUAGCAGCAGCCCGGACAGCACACCCAUGGGGAGCAUCGAGUCACUUUCCUCUCACUCCUCGGAACAAAACAGCACGACAAAGUCCGCUUCCUGCCCUCCCAGGGAGAAAUCUGGAGGGAUUCCUUGGAUUGCAUCCCCAUCACCUUCCAAUGGACAGAAAAGUCUUGGUCUCUGGACAACUAGUCCUGAGUCAAGUUCUAGAGAAGAUGCAACCAAAACAGAUGCAGAAUCAGAUUGCCAGAGUGUCACUUCGGUCGCUAGCCCAGGGGAUGUGUCCCCACCCAUAGACCUGGCCAAGAAAGGGCCUUAUGGGCUUUCAGGACUGAAAAGAGCCUCAGCUUCCUCUCUCAGAUCCAUCUCUGCAGCGGAAGGAAACAAGAGCUACAGUGGAUCCAUUCAAAGCUUAACUUCCGUAGGUUCCAAAGAGACGCCCAAAGCCCCGCCAAACCCAGACCUGCCUCCCAAAAUGUGCAGGAAGUUAAGGCUAGACGCUGCCUCCAGCAAUGGUUACCAGCGACCUGGCUCCGUUGUGGCAGCAAAGGCCCAACUGUUUGAAAACGUUGGUUCACUUAAGUCAGUUUCUUCUGGGCGCCAAGCCAAAGCUAUGUACUCCUGUAAAGCAGAGCACAGCCAUGAGCUUUCCUUCCCACAGGGAGCGAUAUUUUCUAAUGUGUACCCAUCAGUGGAACCAGGAUGGUUGAAGGCAACUUAUGAAGGCAAAACAGGACUCGUCCCAGAAAAUUAUGUUGUCUUCCUCUAAUACUUUUUAGUGGAUGGCAGUAUCUUCAUGGUAUCCAUGGUAACAAAUAAUAAGUGCUAUGAUUUUAUCUGACACAGAUAUGGGGAUCAGCCUGUUAAAAUGAAAACAGUCAAUUUCUACCAAGUUUUACACCAGCAGACUAUGUAGCUCCCUAUUAAUGGAAAGGGAAAAAAUGUUUAAAUUGUUUGCCAUUCUUUUUAAUUUUGGCUCAUUUCAUAGUUUAAAAUAGCUUAUCCUCCCCUCCCCACCCCCCUUUUUUUUUUUGGAAAAGUAACUCUCCACAAUGUCUCUUUCAUAAUAAUUAUAGAAUCUCAAAUACUGUGUUAAGUACUAUAUCCCAGAAAUUUGGAAACCAGAAAUCUGCUAUAAGACUUUUGAGAUCUGCCCUUUACUG